AUGUCGGAGAAUAUCGAAGUUUCACUUCUCGGUGCUCUCAUGGUUGCACCUGUGAUGGAAUGUGUGAUGCACAUAGCUUCCAUUUCCAUGGCCUGGGAAUCGCGGAAAGAUCCUGGCAAAGGACCGUGGAUCACAUUCAUGCGGUGCCUCGCAUGCGACUCCAGAUGUCACUUCGGGGUCUCUACAAAGAUACCUGUGGCUGAGCUGGUAUGUGGUACUGAAGGUUUCCAUGGCUUCAAUUCAACGGAUGGGCGCAUGAGAAUGAGACUACGAGAAACUGCGGACAUUGGGUAUGCAUGGCGAUAA